AUGGAGACUGAAGAGGACUAUACGGGGUUAGCUGUGGAGGAAUUGGUGCGGCACAAGCUGUGGAAGGCGCGUGCGCUCGGGUUUCAGAGGCUGGAGAGCCAGUUUUCGAGGCCCGGCCCACUGUCUGGGGAGGGCGCGUCGCAACUGGGCAACUUUGCGAAGUACGUCGUGGACGCAAACGUCGUCGCGCAGGAGAACGCGGUCGUUGCGCUGGAGCGUCUGUUGCAGAAGAUGGUGGCUGGUGGAGAGGUUGGGGAACCACCCGUGGAGACGCUGGUCCCCGCGAUCGUGCAGAAGCCGCUUAACUCGUCCAGAGCCCGGGGCAAGGCAGCCGCGGAGCACUGUAUUGUGUUGUUGUGUUCACUGGAUCAAUCUGUGGAGCAAACGGCAAGUACGCUGGUUGCACAGCUACCGCUGAUCAAGAUCCCGAAACUGAUCGCGGCGACUUUGAAAGUGGUCGCGGACCUCGUGGCUAACUUCCAAUUUGUGAACAUCAGGGGGCCCUCGCUGUCGCAGUUCUUGGCGACCCUCAUGGGCCCGCUGCCGAAACUCGCUGGGCACGCGGACAAAACGGUUAGAUCCAACACGCUAGAUGUGAUAGUGGCCGUAUACUUAGCACUCAACAAGGACAGAACAAUAUUGGAGGAAAUCAUUAUCCCGCAGUUGAAACCAAUGCAGUUGAAGGAUCUGGACAAGAAACUGGCAGUGGCACAGGAACCUCAGGAAAAAGUGCUCUUCCAUUGGCAGGUGCCACAGGCUGCUGGGCAAGGUGACGCAGAGCAGAUCGCGCCGUCCGUUGAUGAAGAUGGUGACACAAACAUGGACCUGCAGGAGCAAAUGGAGGACCUGCUCCCGGAGCAAGAACUGGAGAUGCCAGGGAAUUUCUACCCAAUGAUCAAAUCCUCAAAAUGGAAGGAAAGAGUGGAGACUUUAGAGGAGUUGCAGCAACAGUUGAACAAAAUGAAGAGACUACAAACGUCGCACGCGGCCGUCGACCAGCUUUUGGAGCUGCUGAGAACUUUGGCAAACGUCAUCCACAAAGAUGUCAACCUACAAUGUGUCCAUUUGUCCCUAGAGUGCACAGACAGCAUUUUCAACAAGAUGAACAAGAAGCGGAUUCCUGACCAGUUUUGUAGUGUCGUCGUGGGACCUAUCCUGGAGAAGACCAAAGAACAGAAAAAGAACGUCAUUGAUGCGGUACACAGGACAUUCCAAACGGUAUGUAGAAUCUUCAACCCAUGGGUUCACGAGGAUCUGAUCUUGAAAGAAUUGCUAAACAAGUUGCAAAACAGCAAGAUACCGGCAAUUAAAUUGGAGUGCACCAAACUGUUCAACUACAUCCUAACGGAAUGUUUCCACCGGAAAUUCACCGAUUCCCUCGUACGCAACUUGAACGAAGGACUACGCAUUAUCGAUACUUUCUCCAAGAUGGUCAACGACACCCAAGUGAAAGUAAGAGACGAGGCAUUCAGAACUUUCGCUCUCUUGAUGAAAGUGCUGAACAACGCGGACGGUGGGGUCGUGUACGAUUUCAUUGCAUCCCUGGAUAACUUGAAGCGGAAGAAGAUCGAGCAGUGCAUACAAAGGGAGGGACCCCCUGCGGCGGGCCCACCGGCUACAGGUCCACCCUCCCAGAGACCCGUCUCUGCGCAUUCCGCGGGCAAUGUACCUAUCCAGCGACCCAGAUCUGCCUCGAGGCAACCGAUGAAGAGCUCGCCCGUUACUCUCGCCCCGCCGGGGCAACUCGUCCCCGCUAAAAGGGUCGCGUCCUCACCCUUAAAGAUAGAAAAGCAGGUCAAGCCAGCACCGCCGCAACCCACGGUAGACAAGGAACAAUACGUGCGGCAGAUCAAGACACUUACCGAGGAGAAGGCAGAACUGCGGAGAGCCAACGAUGUGCUGAUUCAGGACAACGAAUCUUUGAAGAGGAAACUGGAUGCACUGCAGUCUGAGCUGGACCAAUGGAGGCAGAAAGCGAUGAACGCCAAUGACGAACGACAGAUAUCCAGAAGACCAAGCAAUGCAAGCGAAGACUUGCCGAAACGCGUUACACACCUACAAUUGGAUACACCUUCCAGCCACACCUCCACCAAGAAGCCAAGAACUCUAACAUCCACCAUCAACCCUGCUUCAUCGCUGUCGCCGUCGCCAGCAACGACAACGGCAACUGCAACGGCACCGGCACCGGCAUCAAUAAACAGCGCCGUCCGCAACCCGCAAGACAUCGAGGAAAGCUGGCACAAGGCGGCAGAGGUCACCCGCCGACUCCGCGAACGCAUAGAGCGCAUGAAGAACCGCUAA